AUGGAAGAAGUGAUCACCAUUAGUCCUUCUUCGAUUUCUAUAAAUGGAUGUCAAGAUAUCAGUUUUACUGUACAAGUUACAGCCACCCAGCAGGGUAGAUUUAUCGUCCGUCCCAUCAGCCUCAUCUCCAAUGGUCCACUCAGCCCCGACAAUGACCGACUGUUUGUGCAGCUAAAGGUAGCGAAAUAUCAUCCACUGAUAAUAGUAUCGAUGGUCAUUGGCUGGACGUAUACCGUGUGCUGGACAAUUGGAGAUUACUUUCAAGCGUGGACCAGUUACAGGCGCAAAAGUGUUGUUGGAUUGAGCUUCGACUUCCUUUUCCUGAACAUCGUCGGCAAUUGCUGCUAUGCGACAUUUAACGUAGUCCUUUUCGCGAGUGCAUUUAUUGAGGCAGAAUAUUUUAGGCGCCAUCCGUUCGGCCUCAAUCCGGUCGUAGCGAAUGAUGUGGGAUAUGCCGUGCACGCGGUGUUUGGAAAUCUUGUCCUUAUUGUCCAGUGUUAUCUCUACCAUAGCGGUGGCAAUGUUGUCUCAACCGCUGUGAAGUUACUCAUUUCCGGCUACGUCAUGAUGGUGGCCAUUUUCUACACGCUAACGAUCGGGCAACAGAUGCACUGGUUGGACUUUCUGUACAUACUAAGCUACGUGAAGCUGUCUACAAAUUUGAUCAAAUAUAUUCCCCAAGUGUUGAUGAACUAUCAGCGGAAAAGCACGGAAGGGUUCGCCAUCUCCAACCGUUUGCUGGAUUUGGCUGGAGGUCUAUUGAGCUUAUUGCAGAUGGUACUAAACAGCUGGAAUUACGAUGACUGGCAAUCCAUCGUCGGAAGUCCUGAUGAAUAUUAUAGAAGACAUCCUUUUGGAUUGAAUCCAGUAAUUGGAAACGACAUCGGGUUUGCGGUACAUGCUGUCUUUGGUACCGGGUUUACUAUCUUCCAAUGCUGCAUCUACGAAACAGGUGGCAACAGUGUGUCCAAGCCGGCAAAGGGAAUCAUUGCAACCUAUCUUCUAAUUAUCGUCACUACAAUGGUCUGUGCCAUGCUCGAUAAACUACAUUGGUUGGAUUUUUUGUACGUCUUAAGCUACAUCAAGCUGUCCACGACAAUGAUCAAGUACUUCCCGCAAGCGUACAUGAACUACCGGCGCAAAAGUACGGAAGGGUUCGAGAUUAUGAAUAGAUUGCUGGAUCUGGCCGGUGGUCUAUUUAGCAUACUUCAGAUGGUGCUAAAUGCUUGGAACUUUGAUGAUUGGAGAUCAAUCGGUGGAGAUCCCGUCAAGUUUGGGUUGGGAAUUUUUUCGAUACUUUUCGAUCUUGUGUUCAUGUUUCAACAUUAUAUUCUGUAUAGGAAAAGAAAUAUAAUCGCUCCUGUGGAGCAUCCGAUGCUGCCAAAACUUCCCGUGAUCGGGACGUGA